GUCCGUGUUUGUGAAGAAGGGUCACGGACCUCGGCGAGAACAGGUCGCAGCCACUGCCCAAGCAAGGUCGGCUCAAAGACGUGACCCCCGGCCUGCUGUCACUCAGGCGGGCGGGGGCGGGGCCGUGCGAACUGUCCAAUCAGGGGAGUCGCCGGAACCGUACGUGCGGGCGACGCGCUGUGGACGGCGGGGACUGUGUGCCGUCGCUGCUGUCCGGCCGAGGUUCGCGUCCCCUCUCGCUGUCCGGAGAGGCUUCGGGAGCUUCCGCCACAUCCUCUGUGGCCGUGGCCUCCGCCGGCCACGGCAGUCGUAUGGUGGCUCGACCCGCCACCCCAGAAAGCGAGCAAUGGCCUCCUGGACUCUCAUGUUUGGUGAUGGGACUAGAAGAAAAAGCUUCCAGUUCUUCAUUGUGUUUUAUUCAUUAAAACCUCAUGCAGAUUUGACCCCGUACAUCAUGGAGUGCUGAGUUAAAUGGACUCAGUGACCUUUGAGGAUGUGGCUGUGAACUUCAGCCUGGAAGAGUGGGCUUUACUGGAUUCUUCGCAGAAGAAACUUUACAGAGAUGUGAUGCGGGAAACCUUCAGAAACCUGGCCUCAAUAGAGAAAAAAUGGAAAGAUCAUGACACCGAAGAUAGGUACAAUACCCAGGGGAGACGACUAAGAAGUCAUAUGGUAGAAAAACAUUGUGAAAGCAAAGAGGGUCAUCAGUGUGGAGAAACCAUCACCCAGACUCCAGAUUUUAAUCUGAACAAGAAAACGCCUUCUGGAGUAAAACCACCUGAAGGUCAUCAGUGUGGAGAAACUAUCACCCAGACUCCAGAUCUUAAUCUGAACAAGAAAACGCCUUCUGGAGUAAAACCAUGUGAAUGUAGUGUGUGUGGAAAAGUCUUUGUGCGUCAUUCGUCCCUUAAUAGGCACAUCAGAUCUCACACUGGACAUAAGCCAUAUGAGUAUCACGAAUGUGAAGAGAAGCCAUAUAAGUGUAAGGAAUGUGGGAAAGCCUUCAGCUACCGCAAGUCUGUUCACAGACAUGAAAGGACUCAUACUGGAGAAAAACCCUAUGAAUGUCAGGAAUGUGGGAAAGCUUUCACGUGGCUCACAACUUUCCGAAGACACAUGAUCACUCACACAGGAGAUGGACCUUACAAAUGUCAGGAAUGUGGGAAAGCUUUUAGUUGUUCUACUUCAUUGCGAACACAUGAAAGGACUCACACUGGAGAGAAACCCUAUCAGUGUAAACAGUGUGGGAAAUCCCUCCGGUCUCCUCUGGGUUUGCGAAUACACGAAAGAAAUCACACUGGAGAGAAACCCUAUGAAUGUAAGCAGUGUGGUAAAGCCCUCAGUUGUCCCAGUUCCUUUCGAAGACAUGAAAGGACUCACACUGCAGAGAAACAGUAUGAAUGUAAACAGUGUGAGAAAACCUUCAGUUCUCCUCUAGGUUUGCGAAUACAUGAAAGAAUUCACACAGGGGAGAAACCUUAUGAAUGUAAGGAAUGUGGGAAAGCCUUUAUUUCUCUGUCAAGCAUUCGAACACACAUGAUCACACACACUGGAGAUGGACCUUAUAAAUGUAAGGAAUGUGGGAAAGCCUUCAUUUGUCCCAGUUCCUUUCGAUCUCAUGAAAGGACUCACACUGGAGAGAAACCCUACGAAUGUAAACAGUGUGGUAAAACCUUCAGUUGGCCCAGUUCCUUUCGAAUACAUGAAAGAACUCACACUGGAGAGAAACCUUACGAAUGUAAGGAAUGUGGCAAAACUUUCAUUUAUCGCACAACCUUUCAGGGACACAUGAGAAAGCACACUGGAGAGAAACCCUAUAAAUGUAAAGAAUGUGGGAAAGCCUUCAUUUCUCCCUCAAGUGUUCGAACACACAUGAUAAUGCACACUGGAGAUGGACCUUAUAAAUGUAAGGAAUGUGGGAAAGCCUUCAAUUUUCCCAGUUCAUUUCGAAUACAUGAAAGAACUCACACAGGAGAGAAGCCCUAUGAAUGUAAACAAUGUGGUAGAGCCUUUAGUUGUUACACAUCCUUUCGAACGCAUGAAAAAACUCACACUGGAGAAAAACCCUAUGAGUGUAAGGAAUGUGGAAAAGCCUUUAUUUAUCGCACUACCUUUCGAGGACACGUGAGAAUGCACACUGGAGAGAAACCAUACAAAUGUAAAGAAUGUGGAAAAGCCUUUAGUCGUCCCAAUUCAUUUCGAAGGCAUGAGAGAUCUCAUACUGAAUAGAAACCUCUUGAAUGUAAGCCGUGUGGGAAAAACAUCAAUUGACCUUCAUCCUUACAUGUGAAAACCCCCACUGGAAAGAAAUCCAACAAAUAUAAGAAACCCUGAUACAAAUUAAUCCAUGUAUAAUGUUCCAGAAAACUGUAACACGAAUCAUUAUAAAAGUUAGAAAUACAUGAUCAGUGCCUCAUUCUUAAAGUGGAUCUCUGGACUGUGGAUAUUUACUACUUUCAAAAAUGAACACUGAGGUGAGAUAAUUCUGUAAGUACUCUUAUUACUGUUUAAAGAUUAAUAGAUAUUUGUUUUCUCCUUAAAUCAGUUGAUAACAUUUUUCUCUUUCCAUUUUGGAGUUUGUUUGAUCCAUGGGUGUAUUGAAGUGGUUUCUAAAUGUGCAAGUAGAUUUAAUUUUUAUAUAAUGUUUUAAUUGAAUUAUCGAUAAAUGAUGCUUUGGUAUUUUCCUACUGGCCUCCUGUGUCAGCUACUGGAUAUCCAUUAUCCAUCAUAUAUUCCAUCUUUCUUGGGAGAAAACCAAUUCUUGUUUUGGCCAGAAGAGACUUAAUUCCAUUUUCCUUGCUAAUAAAAAGAUGGCAUAAAUUUGUAAAUACACAGAGUGCAUUAAGUAUUGUCUGAUCAGUUAAUUCCAUCUUUUGGCCUUUGCCAUUCCUUCUGGCUGAGAUUUGAAUAAUCACCUUUGCAUUAAGACAGACCAGUCACUGGAUAACAAAAUGUAGAAUUGGAGAUGGCACUCCUAAAUUGUGUUUUGUUACCUGGGUAAUGUGACAUUUUCUAGAAUCUGUUUCCUUUGUGAUUCUAUACCUGUAGCCUCACUUGUGUGAGAUUUGAAAGGCAGGAGCACAGGAGGCAUCAGGUUUCAGAGCCACCAGACAGAGCUGUACAGGAGCUUUGAGGAUCCCUGCUUGCAGCCUAUUUUCCUGAUCCCUUGCCCUCCUAGUCAAGAGUGUCCUCAAAACCACAAUUAACUGCUCGACUUCAUUUCUCAGAGGUGUAGGUUUCCACAUAUACCUUCACAAGUUCGGCAUCAAAGAUCCAUCACAGUUUGGAUUUUCCUGCCAUCCCUCAAGUGUCCACCAGGCAACUAAUCUGAACUUUCAUGGGUGGGAGUACUCUCUGGUGCUCAGACUCUCCUCUGUAUCGUAUUCAUUUAAGGUCUAAUUUGUGUAGUAAAUACCUUGUUUUGGUAAUACUGCUAGUGACCAUGUACUCCUGAUUCCACUGUGAGUGCUACAGUGACCAAAAGAACCACUGUGGACUUUGUUCCUCGGCUGCAGCUACUGCUGACCCCUCCCUCCUGUCAGGCGGGUUUGCUCACCGCUGUGCGUCAUUCCUCGGUAUAUUUUCAAGUAUGGUUGAUUGUAUGUGAUUAAAAGCAAUGCAUUUGUCAAACAGAA